UGCUUCAGGUGAGUGAGUGAGCGCUAGGACCCGGAGCCGUGUCGAGGAGUAGCCAGCAGUUUUCGCGACGCCGGUGAUUGCAUUUAGCUGAAUGCUUCCAGGAGUGAGCGACUGGCCAGAAACGCAGAAGAGGGAAGGAGCUGUGAUCGAUCGAUCCCGUCCCUCCACCCUGAGCCAUCUUAGGCCGGCAGGAGAAGCAGAACACCAUUUAAUUUCGUGUUCGUGUCAUCCCGCUUUGUCUAGUUCCUGCAGUACACUUUGCAGGUCGCCGGGGCUCUGUGUGUGUGUGUGUGGUGGAAAUGCACGUAACCUAGGAACAGAAAUGGCAAAGUGAAGCUUGCAACGCCUCCACAAAGGAGACUGAGAUGAAUUGUUAUGAUCGGAGAUUACGCAAAACUGGACCUGAACGGGAGAACAGCAGGAAUGAUCUAGUUACACCUCCAGCACGUUCACGAGUCAACGGUUGGACCUUACCUCUCCAUUCCUUCCAGUUAAUUGCCUGGGUGCUCUAUAUCUACCUGGCAAUUGUUGCCUUUGGAAUUUACAUACCAAUGUUGCCAUAUGCAUGGAAGUACGUUGGUUAUGCUAUAAUUGGGCUGUUCUUUGUGUAUCAUUUCAUUGUCCACCUGGUUGCUGUAUCUAUUGACCCAGCUGACAACAGCGUGCGGGCCAGGAAGAACUACAAUAUUCCGAUGCCAACUCUUGACCGAGCCAAGCAUCCCCAUGUCAUUCAGAACCAGCACUGCUACCUCUGUGAAGUGGAUGUAGGAAUGAAGGCCAAACACUGCAGCACUUGUAACAAAUGCAUUUCAGAUUUUGAUCAUCAUUGCAAAUGGCUCAACAAUUGCGUUGGAGGAAGGAACUACUGGUUUUUCUUCCACACGGUGGUGUCCGCAGUGCUCGGCAUCCUGCUGAUUGCACUAGUUAUCAUUUAUGUUUUCAUCCAGCAGUUUGUAAAUCCUGCAGAACUCCGCACGGCUCCACAGUUUAAAAAUGUUCAAGGAAACAACACAUGGUUAGCAUUUUUACCCAUUGCACCAGUGGAAACAUCACAAGCUGGGAUUUUAGGCAUCGCAGGAAUCACCAUUAUCCUCAGCCUUGCCUCGCUGAUGCUACUUGGUCACCUGCUGUGCUUUCACAUUUACCUGUCCUUGAAGAAGUUGAGUACUUACGAGUACGUUGUACGGGAACGUCACAAUCAGGACAUCCGGGACCAUGGGAACGAUCCUGAGUCUGCACAUACUGCAUCUGCUCGGAUGACCGCUCUUCAGGGUCUACCUGAGGCCAAGUCUCAACCAGAAAUAGAGGUCACCACAUCCUCCAGAUUGAGUGGUUUAAAAUACCAAGAUCAAGUUCCGGUUGGCAGCAGAUUGCCCAAUGGAAUCUGUCUCGAGGCGUCCAGUGUUUCCACAACUAUAAGCUCUUCUCAUAGUGGUCAGUCAUUGAAUACGAAGAUCAAAAAUGGUUCGAAAGGGGCUUUUCACCUCGACGAGACCAAGUUCGCUUCAGAGAGGACAUCCGCUGUUAGCUCCAUUCCUGAACCGCUGGAAAGCUCCGAAGGAAAGGUACAGAAUGACCAGAAGAACUUCCAGGGAUCUCAUCGGCAAAGCUUGGAGUCUAUCGAAGAGAUCCCAGUGGUGCAGAGCCCCCUUGGCAGCGCAUCGAUGGACAGCGGAUGCAAGGAAGGGAUGAGUAAUGCAGAGAAGUGUCUUGAUGCGUCCAACCAAAGUGUGCUCCCUGACAACCCUCCCAGCUCACUGGCAAACCAAAGAGACUCGACACAGCCAUCCACAAAAGCUGUGAACCAGCAAGCGGCAAGGACUUACUUGGUUACACAGGAUACAGAAAGAGCUCAUCAGAAGCACAGCCAAUUAGCACAGCAAUCCAGUAAAGCUAGCCAGAAUAGUCUUGGGUAAAUUAAACUCCCCUCUUUUUUUUUUUUUCUUUUUUUUUCGCGCGGCCAGCCAUCAUGGAUUUAAAACACCAAUGUUACUGGUGUCUUUUUAAAAUGAUUCAACAAUCAGCGAUGCAGUGUUUCUGGGUGUGAAAUUAUUUGCAUCGGGGGUUCCACUCCCUUUAUUUUCCUGUGAUAGACCUUUUCUGUUGAAGAGCGUGAAAAAGAAUAAUCACUAGAGAUGAUUUUGGCUGAUGUGAACCAUGUGGACUUCUGGAGAUUCUGGCGACUCCUUUGUUGACAUAAGUGGAGUGUAACUCCCUCGCAUCCCCAGUCGCAAGCUUGGGACCCUGUGCCAAAUUCUGGCGAUGUUAUGGGGCAGCGACAUGACACCUGAGAAAUGGCACGAGAGUUUUGCACACCUCGAUCCAUCUGCUGGAAGAGGGAGGGACCUGACCUACUCACCAGGAAACCCGGCCUGACUGUGAAGGGAGAGGACCGAAAUGGUUUCAUUUCUGAAGGAAGGCCGGCACCAAGAAAAGAAAGGAAACCGACCCUCCUGGGAAUCGAUUCACUUUCUCCAAAGAACAUCCAAGGGGCCUUAAUUGUGGUCAUCCCAGGGAAACCCGGAAACUUUCUCCCAUCCAGCUUUUAACACUGAAACUGCGAUCCUGAAUUCUUAUCAAAAA